CUCUCUGCGUUCAGGCUCCAGACGACCAGGACCAGGCGGGGAAAGACUUCUUCCGCUACCACCCCUCCAAGGUUCGCAGCAAGACCUACGUCAACAUGCGGGAGAUCUCCGAGCGCUUCACUCUGCCUCCGGGGAAAUAUCUGCUGGUUCCUACGACCUUCCAGCCGCACCACGAGGCCGACUUCAUCAUCAGGAUCUUCUCCGAGAAGAAGGCCGGGACUCUGGAGAUGGGGAGCACUGUCGAUGCUGACCUGCCAGAUCCGCCCAUGCCCUCUGAACCUGACGAGGAGACGGACGAGGAGAAAGGCCUGAGACGACUGUUCGAAGCGCUGGCUGGAGAUGUGAGGAAACACGAGCGUUAG